AUGCAUCAGGAAGCUUUUUAAUUACAGUGGCUGAUUUCUGUGGAGUGAGUACGUCCACUGCAAGCCGAGUAGUCAAAAGAGUCUCCUAUGCAAUCGCAGAACUUUCGAGAGAGUAUAUUAAAAUGCCAAAAAACAGUGCAGAAUUGGAAAUUGUUAAUCGUAGUUUUCAUCGGAUUGCAAAUUUCCCAAAAGUCGUUGGAUGUAUAGACUGCACCCAUGUAAAGAUCCAAUCGCCUGGUGGAGUAAACGCCGAAAUAUUCCGAAAUCGGAGAGGGUACUUUUCGUAUAAUGUACAAACAGUCUGCUAUGCAAAUCUGGAGAUAACUGAUCUUGUAUGUCGAUGGCCUGGCUCCGCACAUGAUGCCAACAUUUUUAAUAAUAGCCGUAUUAAGCAUCGUUUUGAGCUAAAUCAAUUCAAGGAUUGCUUUGUACUAGGCGAUAGUGGGUAUGGUGUCAGUAGAUACAUGAUGACGCCGCUUUUACAUCCUAACACUGCUGCGGAACGGUUGUAUAACGAGUCUCAAAUCAGAACCAGAAGAGAUGCGGAUCCAUCCGAAGAAGAGAAUUUUACUGCUGAAGAGUCCACUGAAAAUGCAAUGGAGGCAGAUGAAUCCACGACCGAAACGCCAGGAGUCUCUUUUAUGAGGUCGAGUUUAAUCAGAGACUAUUUUGCAAGGUUAUAAAGGAAUACCAGGAGUGCCAGUUACUGUAUUAAUAUUCGAAUUCGGGUUCGGUUGGUAUUCGUACCAUAUACACUGGUGGCCGGAUAAUUAGAAACGAUUUUCUUUUUCAA